UUCACCUCCGCCCAUGGAACCGCUGAGCGACACAAGCAAAAUGACUCUAAAAAGCCGCUCAUUGUUUGACAAGCGUUGAAUUUCAUCCGCGGAGUCUCGCAAGUGUGUCCGAAUCUCCAUAAGUUUGUUAUGUUGACUCAGCGUAGUACGUAACCAGUUCAAACUUCUGUUUGAACCGUUCUUCUUUACCACCAUGACUGCUAGCCCUGGGAGGCCUUGGACCAGGCCUCCCACUGUAAUCGCAAUCCCAACGCUGGGCUCUACCCCUCCAGCGUAUAAUUCAUCCAAGAAGCCGAAGACCCGUAGGAAGGAGAGCAAAUCCAAGAAAGCUCAUCGGAGAUACGACCCCGAUGGCGGCACAUGUCCUGGGAUUGAAUCAGUGGUACACCCAAACACCCCCCAACGCUCUGAGCAUUCAACUGGAGGUGAUACGAGCGUUGCUCCUUCAGAACAACUAACGCCAAUACCUGAUACCGACAAAGCCAUAUCUACAUCGCUGGAAAGAGAAAAGGAGGUCGACACUUCGCGUUAUAAUACCCAAGUCAACACUCGCGAGGAAGUACAGCCUACAGCACCAGCGCCAAUCGAGAUAGAGUUUUCCAAAAUGUCCCAUUCUCAGUUCAGGGAGAUAUUUGCAUGGAAAACAAGCACUCUACCGUCAUACACUGGUCCACGCGUCAAUCGUAGCGAUAACAGACCGGUGUCAUUUCCGAAGCAGUUCAGGAUGGCUGAGCUAUACGCUUCGGGUCACGAAAGGGCUCUGCAGGACCACGUCUAUGAAUUACUGCCAUCCUGGAAGAAACGAAACGACGUAAUUUCUAUAUUCUACUUUCCCGGUCGACACUUUUUCGCGGACGACCAACACGUAGUUGUCAUGGGCCCAGCAACUCAACAAUCUACUGAACACGGCUUCAAACUUACGUCUCGUUUUGAGAGAAUAUAUGGGCAAACUCGACCUUUCUUUUACGCUUUGGGUCCGGUCAAGAAUAAGCAAGUAUUUUACGCGGGUACAUAUCGGUGCAUUGAGCUAGCCGACCAUUAUCCUCUAGGUUUUGUGUUCAGCGGAGGGAACCUGGUUCUGAGGGAUUUAGCGGAUGCAAUCAUUGAAUCCCAAACGGAAGGUUUCCGAUUACGAACUCGAGAUGCCAUGCAGCUUCUCCAGGAAAAGAAAGUUAUGUUGGAAUUUGUUAUGUUCCAAUUGGUUGGUUUCCAGAUGGACGUUUAUCAAAUCUUAACGUCUGAACCUGCCUCAUUGAAGAACGCUGGAUCGACACGAAAGCGGAAGCGUGGGAAUGACUCGGCAUGAACAUUUGUUAUGGUUAUCUUAGUUAUGGACUCUAUUUAGCAAUGAGCUAUGGUACGAAACAAAGUCAAGACCCAAUCUUUGGAGUCCUGCGUUGGCUUGGAUAAGGCCGGAUAUCAUUGACCAGGAACUCCCCGCCUACUGCGUGUAGGGGGCCUAAUUUCGAAUCCUCCGGGGACUGCGAACAGAGGGCAUUGAAGGAUCAAUGACUGGUAACAUUUGACGAUCCGGAUUCAUCGGUGAGGAACAACGUUGAGCGCGAGUGGAAGAAGAUAUAGUAUUGAAAGAAUGUCGCCUUGCUAUCGUGGGUGUUGAGUGCGAUCGUUGUCCGUGUGGUAAUUUACGGGUUAACCUCGAAAGGGAUAAUUCGGAGGAAAGCGAUUCUACUCUCGCUACUGAUUACCCCCAGUGCGCCAACUUCUUCCGCACUUCCCGCCUCAGCCUCUUCCUCUGUUGCUUGUUUCCCCAUUCGCCCUCGUCAUUCUCGUAAGCCCGUUUUCUCGUUGUGACAGGAUGUGAGUCGAAUUCCCCCUCAGAUAAUUCAUAGACGCCGCUCUGAUUUUCCAGAGAAGACG